AUGGACGAAGUCCAACCCCGACCCAAGAACAGCGGCGAAAGAAGAGUAGGUACAGCUAGCAUUCCCAAUCCCAUCUUUAGCAAAAAUCUUCCUGCUAAAAUAGGGCUUGCGACGAUUCCAGGCUUUCUUAGCAUGGGCUCAGGUCUUGUUCGCCAUAGUUUUGCUUCAAAGCUUUACAGCCUUUUGCUUGUUCGCCUAUGGUUAGGCGCUUUUAAGAAUUCUCAAUUGCCUAAGAGAUGGGUAGCCUUCUAUGUAAACCGUCACGAGACUACAACAAGACUGAAGCAAGGAUUUGCUGAGGAAUGGAUAAAGCUGACAACUAAGCGGCGGCGAAGUAGGAGUUCACUGGUGAUUCAGAUCCGAAUUGAAAAGCGCGUUCACUGGAAGAUGAGAUCAUCCUCUCGAGGGGGAGUUAAGCGCGGGAUGGAGGAAAAAUAG